GCGGCUUCAGUCGUUCGGGAACUGCCGUGCAAAGCGGAACGCGUCUGUCGAGUACUACGUGUUGCUCCGAUUCGGGAGUUGGGUAACCAAGAUGCGGGCCUUAUCAGCGUUUCUGCUCUUCCUCUGCCUCCAACGGGUGAAGUCGGGUGGCGCCGCUGCAGCACGGCGACCCAACAUAAUCAUCAUAAUGGCCGAUGAUAUGGGCUUCGACGACGUGAGCUUCCGCGGUGGCCGGGAGUUUCUGACGCCCAACAUCGACGCCCUGGCCUACCACGGUCGCCUGCUGGACCGCCUGUACGCCCCCGCGAUGUGCACUCCCUCCCGGGGAGCUCUGCUCAGCGGUCGCUAUCCAAUCCACACGGGUACCCAGCACUUUGUGAUCAGCAACGAGGAGCCUUGGGCUUUGACCCUCAAUGUCACCUUGAUGCCGCAGAUCUUUAAGGACGCAGGCUACUCCACCAACUUGGUGGGAAAGUGGCAUCUGGGCUUCUCCAGACCGGAGUACACACCCACCCAGCGGGGAUUCGACUACCACUACGGCUACUGGGGCGCCUACAUAGACUAUUACCAGAGACGCUCCAAGAUGCCGGUGGCCAAUUACAGCCUGGGCUACGAUUUCCGGCGCAACAUGGAGCUGGAGUGUCGGGAACGUGGAGUUUACGUGACCGACUUGUUGACCGCCGAGGCGGAACGGUUGAUCAAAGAGAAUGCCAGCAAGGAGCAACCGCUGUUCCUGAUGCUCAGCCAUCUGGCUACUCAUACAGCGAACGAGGAUGAUCCCCUGCAGGCUCCCGAGGAGGAAAUAAGAAGGUUUUCCUACAUCAAGGAUCCGAACCGGAGGAAAUACGCCGCGAUGGUCUCCAAACUGGACCAGAGCGUGGGCCGCAUAAUGAGCACCCUGGCCAGCACGGAUCAACUGGAGAACAGCAUAGUGAUCUUCUACUCGGACAACGGAGCACCAUCGGUGGGCAUGUUCGCCAAUACGGGCUCAAACUAUCCGCUUCGGGGCCAGAAGAAUACGCCGUGGGAGGGCGGAGUGAGAGUGGCCGGAGCCAUUUGGAGUUCCCUGCUCCAGGCGCGUGGCUCCAUUUUUACCCAGCCCAUCUACGUGGCCGACUGGCUUCCCACCCUAUCCCAUGCGGCGGGAAUUGAGUUGGAUAGCUCACUGAAGCUGGACGGGAUCGAUCUGUGGCCCCAGCUAUCCGGAUCGCCGGAUGCUCCCCACGUUCCUCGGGAGAUCCUGCACACUUUGGACGACGUGUGGCGGGUGGGUGCCCUUCAGAUGGGUCAGUGGAAGUACGUGAAUGGGACCACUGCCGCCGGCCAGUACGACUCGGUGCUCACCUACCACGAGCUGGACGACCUAGAUCCCCGAGAGAAUCGUUAUGCGGUGACGGUGCGGAACUCCGCCACCUCAAGAGCCCUUUCCCGCUACGAUUUACGACGGCUGACGCAACAAAGGAUCUCAGCACUUCGGCGAUCCGCGGCCGUGCGUUGUGGCGAUCUCCAGCGGUCGUGCAAUCCAUUGCUGGAGGAGUGCUUGUACGACAUCUCCACGGAUCCCUGUGAGCAGAACAACCUGGCUUACUCCGACAGGUACUCCGACGUCCUGGCCGCCCUGCGAAGACGUGUUCGAGAAUUGAGAGCGAGUGCGUCGGUACCGGGGAACCGGGCCAGCAUGCAGGAGGCGAGUCCCGCAUGGCACACCUGCUCCUGGGAGUCCUUCGAAGUGCAGAAGCCCAAGAUGGAUCCCUUGGAAUGCGAUUACCAAGGCGUGCCUUGUUAAUUAGACCAAUAUGACUAUGAAACAAAGGAGGAAUCCAAUUGUUUGUCAGCACUCAGUGGAUUGUGCUGGAGCAAAGGCGCAACAUGGCAAAUUAUUAUUAAUUUAGUAUAAUUAUUAGUUUAAUAUAAAAUAAACAUAUU